CAGUCUUCUUUGAGAGCGUAUAGUUUGGUGGACCUUUAACGCCCAGCGGCAUGGCUUCCAAGAAAGAGAUUUGUCCUUUAGUCUGGUACCGGCGUGCCCGGCUUCUGUUGGGGUUGGCAGCAGUGGUCCUCACCGGCCUGGAUAACUAUCUUUGGUGCUGGAACCAGGCACCGCGAUGGCUCUUGGGAACGCUUGUGCUUCUGACUGGCUGGGGUUGGGGAGAUGCAGUGCUGCGAUUUCCCUUGAUCCACGACAUUGACAGCUUUUUCACCAUUAAGCAGGUUGUGCUAACCGGACUCAAGGUGAUAUGGGUGGUCACGGUCUUCUCCUACAAGAAGCGCGCCCCCUUUGCAUUUUGCAUCACAGCGAUGUCCAGCGUGAUGCUGCCAAUGGCCUAUGCCAUGUCUUUGCCUUUAGAUGAGAUGCAGGAGGUGUACAAGAAGCUCACGAACCAACAUGUCGACAAAGAUUUGUGCGUCCGAAUUUGGUAUUACGUAGCUGACCCAGAAGUUUGCUGGGAAGCCUGUGAAGCUGGGCGCCCAGUCCCUUUAGCUUUGAGAUCUCUUGAGGUCCUGAUAAAAUAAUUCAAUCACAAUCAACCAAUGACGACUAUGCAGGAGCCAUCAAGUGUUGAGCAGACGUGAGUUUACUCAUGGCCAGCCAAGGCAAAUUUCUGUCAUGAUGACGAGAACACACCUCCUGCAGUGAACAGAGAAAGGGAACAGAGCAUGAGAGAAGAUUCUGAACGGGAAGCAAAUGAAUGCCAACAUGCUUUCUGUGACUUCCAUGUGCAAGCCAGAAGGAUAGCAGAGCAGCAGACCUCAAAGCCGCUCCGAAGACUAUCAAAUCAUCUCUCAGACACUUCAAAGCUCCUUUGCCGAUUGAUCUUAAGCAAUGCAAAGUCGGCCCUCAGCCAAAUGAGUGAGAUCAAGUGGUCACAACCUGGAAAACGCUUACUGUCAGUGCACUUCAUCGGCGAUGGGAAGAAGGGCCACAACUAAAACCACAGUGACCCCAAGAUAAAGCGGCUGUAAACUCGGCUCAAAGCAGCCCUCAAGUUUGGCUGGUACCACAACACCACCAUCCUUGAUGGUGCAAGAACCGUGUGAGGCCAUCGUCAGCAUGAUCCCUUAGACAACCUGAUAAUGACGGAACUUCACGUUGGAUUCUUACAAGUCCAUCAAGCGAACUCGCAAUCACCUCUUCAAACGAGGAGCGCUUGUUGCCAACCUGGGUCCAGGCCCACCAAGUCGAGGCCGCCAAGAAAACCAAUGCCCUAGUUUGGAAUCCAGACAUAGCAGGUCCAUGCCAUGGAAGUACUAUACGUUCAUGGAUCUCUUGGCCUACCCGUGAAAAGUUAUACAGACAUGUGCAUGCAAGUCUGCCUCCCGAAUACAAGCCCGACAUACAAGCCAUGUCCAACUCAGACUAUUUAGAGUAGAAGAAAGACAUAUAUUAUACCCUCCACGAACCCAUGGCGUUCAUCAAAGACUCCCCACCAAAACCAUCAACGAGCUGUUCUCUUUCUGCCAAGUCAACAGAUCUUGAGCGUUCUCGAGCGCACCAACUCCUUGAGUGUCGUGCCGCAAUGCGCACCACUGGCAUCGCCGUGUUCCUCAGGGUUUGAGGAGGUGGGCGAUUGGUCGCCCAAGGCGGCAGAGAAGCUGGCUGAGCCCGAAACCUGAGAAAGAUGCCGAGAUGAGACGGGUGGGAAGUCAUGUAUCAAACCGACGCUUACCAUAUGGAUGAGGCCUGUACCUUCUUUCUUUCUGUUUGUCUUUCUUUGUUUAUGUUUUCUUUUUCUUCUCAUGAAGUGGUUUGAAAAGAUUCCUCAUGACCCAAUUCCCCUUUGAAUCAUGCUUGAUGUACCGAAGACUGAAACAGCAACGAGACCUUUUCGAGGGACUCAAUGGACUGCUGGUUCUUUUUUUGAGACGAUGUUUUGACCAGCGUGUGCUGUGGGGUUUCUGGUAUUGGUCUGGAAGUUUGCAUUCACUGGUUAGUGUUGAUUGGCAUUGUUGCGAGGAUAGAUUUGCAAGUGGUUUUUGUUGAGCUUCCGUUAUAAUACACAUCUUGGUUUUGCUGUUUCAACUUGGAUCCAGAACCAGGAUUCGCUCAGAUGAAUGUUGUCCCAAGGAGUCAGAGAUGUUUCUAUUUUGCCUUUCAUGUUAUCCUGGAAUAGAAGAAGGAGAGGCUUUGAAAUUAUUAUUAUUAUUGGAUGUUAUUAGGCUCAAACUGAGACGUUGGGAGUGACAAAUGAUGGGCAACUAAGUUCUGAGAUGAGCAGCAGAUGAUAGAUGGGGCAUGGCCCAAAUGGAAUUGCUCAAAUUGGGUUUUCUCAAUCCAGUGCUUCUUGUCCUUUCGCACCACCACUAUCCCCGCAACUGCCAUUCACACAGCACUCUAUUUUGGCAUUGGUGCAGCCGCAUGAUGCUCAGGUUGAGCCCCAAGGGCUGCAGCCCGAAGAACACUGCACUAUUCCGAAAGACUGGACGAAGCGUCUAGAUUUUCCACUUUAGAAAAGUUGGCACAGAUCUCAAGAUCCUAUUUGC